AUGGCCUGCAACGGCACCUCCACCGAGACCCACGGGUUCCUUCUGCUGAACGUGAGCACUAUGUCAGCCCUGGGAGCCACCACCCUGUCGGCGCCCUUCAGGAUAUCACUGGCGGUGGUUAUGAUGCUGAUGAUCAUGGUCGGGUUCCUGGGCAACACCGUGGUCUGCGUCAUCGUGUACCAGCGGCCCGCCAUGCGCUCUGCCAUCAACCUGCUGCUGGCCACGCUGGCCUUCUCGGACAUCAUGCUGUCCUUGUGCUGCAUGCCCUUCACCGCAGUCACCCUGAUCACCGUCAACUGGCGCUUUGGGGACUCCUUUUGCCGGCUCUCGGCCAUGCUCUACUGGUUCUUUGUCCUGGAGGGGGUUGCCAUCCUGCUCAUCAUCAGCGUGGACCGCUUUCUCAUCAUCGUACAGCGCCAGGACAAGCUGAACCCACGGAGGGCCAAGGCGAUUAUCGCCGUCUCCUGGGCACUGUCCUUCUGCAUCUCCGUCCCGUCGCUCGCGGGCUGGACGCUGGUGGAAGUGCCCACGCGGGCCCCUCAGUGCGUGCUGGGCUACACGGAGUUUCCAGCGGGCCGCGCCUACGUGGUGACGCUGGUGGUGGCCGUGUUCUUCGUGCCCUUCGGCGUCAUGCUCUGCUCCUACAUGUGCAUCCUCAACGCCUUCCGGAAGAACGCCGUCCGCGUGCACAACCAGUCCAACAGCCUGGACCUGAGGCAGCUCACCAGGGCCGGCCUGAGGCGGCUCCAGCGGCAGCACCAGGUCAGUGUGGACUUGAGCUUCAAAACCAAGGCCUUCACCACCAUCCUCAUCCUCUUCGUUGGCUUCUCCCUCUGCUGGCUGCCCCACUCGGUCUACAGCCUCCUAUCCGUGUUCAGCCGGCGCUUUUACUGCAGCUCCUCCUUCCACACAGCCAGCACCUGCAUUCUGUGGCUCAGUUACCUCAAGUCUGUCUUCAAUCCCAUUGUCUACUGCUGGAGAAUCAAAAAAUUCCGCGAGGCCUGCAUAGAGUUGCUACCCCAAACCUUCCAGAUCCUUCCCAAAGUGCCUGAGCGGAUCCGAAGGAGAAUCCAGCCCAGCACAGUGUAUGUGUGCAAUGAAAACCAAUCUGCCGUUUAG